ACCAUGGACCCUAACUGCAGACUUCCUGUCCCGCGGCUCUGCUCCUGGGCCCCUGCCUGUGCUGUGAACCCCUGGCAUCCAGCAGCCUUCCAAUCUCCUAGGACUUGGUCUCCCUACCUGGGAGAGACCAGAGGACCAGUCGGGUGGCCCCCAGACAAUACACCCGAGAGAAGCCAAGAAAUCGACCCUCGGCACUUCUUGCUCUGAAAUCUUCCCAAGGUGGCAACUGUGUCCCUUGUCCCCCUGCUGCCAGCUCGCGUGUCUUUACGAGGUGGGGACCUCAGAGGGUGCCAUUUGCUGCCUGGUGGUGUCGCAUUAGCUCUGUGUCCCUCCAGAGAGCCACCUACUGCUGCACACAGAGAGAGCGCCGGAAGCACACUUGCUGACUGGAGUGACAAGGACUGGGAGACGAAGUGGGAGAUGGAAAGCGUCCAUCCGCAGACUGCACAACUGCGGCUGGAUGUUUUCGGAACCGCUGGCUGCCUUCACAUUUCCUGGUGGAAGUGGGGCAGGUCAACAGACAGCCAGAGUCACAGAUAACUUUUGCCCACACAUCAUUCACUUUUUAGAGUGCUGGCUUGAAACUGUGUGUGUGUGUGUGUGUGUGUGUGUGUGUGUAGCCAACGUGCCUUCCGUGACCCUCAGGAGUCACUCCAGUUUCUCUGAAUGGGCUGAUUACAACACAGAGGAUGUGGACGCUGGGGUUUUUCCUGUUUGAUGUCACACUGCUACCCUUUAAAAGUCUAGGGGGCAAAAGGAGGGAAUGCAGCCGAGGCUCCUCACGUCCCUCUCUGCUACUUGCAAGACAGCCCAGAGGGGAGUCUCAGGUUUCAAUCUCAGCAUCUGCCAUUCGGAGAGAGAGGCGCGAUGUUAGGGGCCCGGCUCCUCCGGCUCUUGGUCUGUGCCCUGGGCAGUGUGUGCAGCUGGUGUGUGGUCCGAGCCUACCCUGACACCUCCCCGCUGCUCAGCUCCAGCUGGGCUGGCCUGACCCACCUGUACACGGCCACCGCCAGAAACAGCUACCACCUGCAGAUCCACAAGGACGGCCAAGUGGAUGGCACACCUCAUCAGACCAUCUACAGUGCCCUGAUGAUCAGAUCGGAGGAUGCUGGCUUCGUGGUGAUAACAGGUGUCAUGAGCAGGAGGUACCUCUGUAUGGAUUUCAGAGGCAACAUUUUUGGAUCGCAUUACUUCGACCCCCAGAACUGCAGGUUCAGACACAGGACGCUGGAAAACGGGUACGACGUCUACCACUCUCCGGAGCAUCACUUCCUGGUCAGCCUGGGCCGGGCCAAGAGGCCCUUCCUGCCAGGCAUGAACCCGCCACCCUAUUCCCAGUUCCUGUCCCGGAGGAACGAGAUCCCCCUGAUCCACUUCAACACGCCGAGGCCGCGAAGGCACACCCGGAGCGCCGAGGACGCCUGGGAGCAGGACCCGCUGAACGUGCUGAAGCCCAGGUUCCGGCUGACCCCGGCCCCAGCCUCCUGCUCACAGGAGGCCCCAAGUGCUGAAGACAAUGGCCUGGUGGCCAGCGACCCCUUCGGAGUGCUCCGGGGCAAUAGGGUGAACAUGCACGGGGACAGGAUGGGCCCGGAAAGGUGCCACCAUUUCCCCAAGUUCAUCUAGGGAUGCCAAGGGAGCCUCAUUAACUCUCCUUUAGCAAACUAAACUCUGUAUAGGGACCAGCUCCCUCCCUUGCCCCUCGAUGGAUGGGGAAGGUGGUGUGGAAUCAGCUGCUGCUCUCCAGUCCUUUCUCCGAGAGUCGUCUCACCACCUUCCUCACCCCUAUAACCCUACCUUUCUGAAUGAGCAACCCCAACAGGUAAAUGAGAAACAGGGACUCCUUCCUCCCCAUUCCCUGUCCCCCUUCUAUAUCUCUUCCAUCUCUUCCCUCGGCCUCUCUUCUUACUCAGUUUGGCAUUAAGGUAAAGCAAUAGCUUGGCGAGCUCAGUAACGCGCAAGGUGCAGGGCGGGAGAGAAUUCCGGCAGCUUCUCCAUGGAUCUGAGGGUAUGUGUUCCUGCCCUGAUCCUGUUGGCAUUUGGGUCUGCAGGACUUGCUGCUAACAGCUGGAUUGGGCAAGCUGAUGAAAACACGGGUCUCCAGCCUUUGUUCUUCCUCAGGCAUCUCUGGAGAAGAACUGUGGGAAAAGGCAGCAUCUAGGGUGCCUGGUGUCCAAAACCUCGCCGGGGAACUCAGCUUCCCUGCCGGGAGAGAGGCACCCUUUACCCCUCUCUCUCCCUCUGUGCAGCCAGAGCCAGAAAGCAAGAAAUGACCCUGCUCCCAACAGGCUUGGGAGAUCGCCUCACCUCUGGGCCCCAUCUUUGCCCUUAGUGAAUCUGGCCCAAGGACCAGCUUUCGUACAGGGUCAUGAAAAUCUAGAUUGGUGUUACAAAAUGGAAAAGGCAUUCAAACUCUCCCAAGAGGCACUUUGUUAAGCCUCUCCUUCCAGACUCAAUAAUCAUCCAUCCUGGAUGAAUUACAAAAAAUGGGACUGGGGCAGAGGCCUUGAGACGCUCGGGCUGCUCUGGGGUAGGCCGUCUGUGGACCAAAGGAUCGUGUCCCUUUUCCUAAGUGAAGUGGCAUUGAGGGCUCAGGGGUAGCGGGGAGAAGCCCAAUAACCAGGGGACUAAAUUGUAGGAAUUAGGAAACGAUCUUGACCAUGAUUUCGUUCGUGCUGUGGAAUAGCAGCUAUUGGAUUACUUUAAACACUGCUAGGCAGACACACCUGAGUCUCAAUCCACUUGGAAAUUUUGCGGGCAUUAACUGAAGACAGCUUCCUGUCCCAGGAGCCUCAGUGUUGUACUGAGCAGAACAAAGCCUCAAGUAGGGAUGCCCAAGAGCUGGGAUUGACGUCGGCCCUACAAGGGGGCCUUAUUUUCCUACCUCCAUUUUAGCACCCACCUAAACUACAGAAUACACCUGAAACACAGAUCCCAACAACAGCUUCGUGCCAGUCACCACUGUCUGUAACUGCCACCAUAUAGGCCAACAGAGCCCUUGUCUACUCGCAUUGGACAACUGCUUUUUUCCUGAUAGUUUUUAGCUGAACUUGAAGGGCCAGUUCCUCUCCUGAAACACUAAAGCUGUGUAUCAUAGUAUAUAGCCAUGCCUAGCAAAUACUUCAAUAGUGUUCAUUUCCUGUUGGGGAUACUAUCCUGGAUGCUAGCUGGUAGAGGCUCCCCAUACUGACAACUAGGUGGAAAGAAUCCCAAAAGGACUCGGUAGAAAAAUGAUUGCAAUCCUACAACCUCAACACCACCAUGAGGGGUUCUUCUGGGCAGAGCCAAGGUGGCCCCUAUCACUUCUUUGAUGUCCCUUAGCGUGUGGCAAUAUUUAUUUAUUUAUUUGGAAGAAUGUUGCCUGUCACUCCGUAUUUAUAUAUAUUUAUGAAAAUGUAACCCUACUUUUUUUCUUCUGUUUAAGAGAAAAAUAAAACUCAUCUCAGCUUCUCA